AGGCAGCUUCCCCCAUCCCCAUUCUGGAUCGUCUGUGUCCUAGACAGUGUCUGGAGGUUCCACUGCCCACAGUCCUUGCCCCCAUUCUGAGGCUGCUGAGUUUGGCGAUGCCUGGCCCUGGCAGGCCACGUCUCCUCUGGCUCCUGGCUCUCUGGCUGGCCGCUGUGGGCCAGGGGAAGGGAGAAAAGGUCCACUCCAAACACUGUAAUAUGAAGACAAAGUUCCUCACAAAUCCUCCAUGUACCUCAUGUGCAGCUUUUAAGAAUCAGGUCUGCCCACCAGGCUGGAGCAAGAGUUGGGAUAAAGGAAUGGAGGAAUGCAGUUACACUGUGACUCUGGGAGAGAACAACAUCUUGAUGUCUGGCUGCAGCCAGACCUGCUGGAGAGAAGUGGAAGAGAAGGCCUGCUGUCCUGGGUACUGGGGCUCUGAGUGCUACGAGUGUCCUGGGGGAGCCAGUAAGCCCUGUAAUGGUCAUGGUACCUGCCUGGAUGGGAUUGGUCAGAAUGGGACGUGUGUGUGUGAGGAAGGAUUUGGUGGCUUUGCCUGCCAGGAGUGCAAAGAUGGGAACUCAUUUGGCCCUGACUGCAAGUCAGUGUGUGACUGUGUCCAUGGGGUGUGCAAGAAUGGACCCCAAGGUGAUGGGAGCUGUCUCUGCUUUGCUGGUUACACUGGCCCUCGGUGUGACCAGGAAGCGCCUGGCUGCAAGGCCUUGGCCUGCCCAAAGAACUCACAGUGUGUGGGAGCAGACACUAAGGUACCCAGCUGCAAGUGCCUACCAGGUUACCGGCUCCAGGGCAGCCAAUGCCAAGCCCAAGAUCCCUGUUCUUCCUUUUCCUGCUCUCCUUUUGCUUCAUGCUCGGCUCUGGAUGAUGGAGACUUUGAAUGCAAGUGCAAGCCUGGUUACCAUGGUGAUGGGAAGUUCUGCCAACCCCUAGACCCCUGCACUUCCAACUAUGGUGGCUGCCCCAGUGACACCACUCAAUGCCGAUACGUGGAGCCAGGCAAGUCCUCCUGCACCUGUAAACCAGGCCUAAUCAGGAUUAGCUUCAACAUCUCAGAUGGCUGCAUGCCUGCCACCGCCCCCUGCCGUCAUUUCUUCUGUGACAGUUCAGCCACUUGCAAGGUCGAUGAGCAGGGGAAGGCCAGGUGUGUCUGUGACGAAGGGGAGAUCGGGGAUGGACACUCCUGUUAUGGACACUUUAUCAGAGAGCUGGAGAGACUGAACAACCGGCGCCCGAACCUGAGGAAGCUAACUACAGCCUUGUCCAUGCUGGGUAAAGGCUGUGGGGAGAUCCUGUCCAAGUCUGGGCCUUUCACAGUGCUGGUCCCAUCCUUGUACCUGUCUGGGAGUUUGAAUGAAUCGUUAUCAAGAUCAGUAUGCAAACUACACAUCAUUCCUGGACAGCACUUGAUAAAAGAUCUCCUCGCAUCCCCCCUGACCUCCAAGACAUUGUGGACACUGGCUGGAGAGUCACUGACCUUUACUAGCAGCAAGUAUCUAAGCUCUGAAAAAAUAUACAAAUACAAAGACCAACCAGGUUUGACAUACAGCAUCCUUCAGCCCAACUUGCCUGCAUCCAACGGCAUCUUCCAUCUUGUCAGCAAUAUCCGCAGACAGCCCUCUUCAGCCUUCAUCCAAGGAGACCCAGAGAAAUCCAUCGGGAAGAUCCUGGCUUCCAUGGAUGUCUUCAACCGGUUUGAAACCAUCCUGGAGAACUGUGGUCUCCCUUCCAUCCUUGAAGGCCCAGGGCCAUUCACAGUAUUUGCCCCCAGUAACGACGCGGUGGACAGCCUGAGAGAUGGGAGGCUCAUUUACCUAUUCACCGAGGGCAUCUCCAAACUGCAGGAACUGGUGAAGUAUCACAUUUACAGCAAUGCCCAGCUCACUGUGGACAAGCUGAUCUCUUUGAAGCAAAUCCAGACCAUGGCCAACCAGGUCGUGCUCACAAACAUCACAGAGGAGGGGCGUAUCUUCUUGGGGUCUCCUGGCAUCCCUUUGAAGAGCGUGGAUAUUGUGGCAUCCAAUGGAAUCAUCCACCUGCUGGAUGGCAUCUUGCUGCCCCCAUCCAUCCUGCCCAUCUUGCCCCAUCGAUGCAAUGAGGACCAGUACAAGAUUGUGAUGGGCACCUGUGUGGAUUGCCAGGCCCAGAAUACCAGUGUAUGUCCCCCCAAUAGCCAAGAGCUGAACAUUUUCCCCAAGGAGUGUGUUUACAUCCAUGACCCAGAUGGCCUGAAUGUGAUGAAGAAGGGCUGUGCUCGAUACUGUAACCAGACUAUGGUGAACCUUGGCUGCUGUAAAGGCUUCUUUGGCCCUGACUGUUCCCAGUGUCCUGGGGGGUUCUCGAAUCCCUGCUACGGCAAAGGCAAUUGCAGUGAUGGUAUCCAGGGCAAUGGGGCCUGUGUGUGCCUAAAAGCCUUCAAGGGCAUCGCCUGCCACGUCUGUGCAGAUCCCAACCGGCAUGGAGAACAAUGUGAGGAAGAGUGUGGAUGUGUCCAUGGUAUCUGUGACAAUCGGCCAGGCAGUGGGGGUGUAUGUCAAAGGGACACGUGCACCAAGGGCUUCACUGGCCCCUUCUGCAAUGAGUCCUCAGCCGACUGUGGCCCCACUGGCCUGGCCCAGCAUUGCCACCCCCGUGCCCGCUGUGUUACCCUUGAAGGCCGUGCCAGGUGUGUCUGUCCCCCUGGCUUCAAGGGAGAUGGCUUCUCCUGUGAGGUCAGGCAUCCCUGUGACCAACCGGAUCGAGGCGGUUGCUCUGAGAACGCCCAGUGUAUCAGGGGCGUCUCAGAGCCCCAGCGAUGUGUGUGCAACAAAGGCUGGAAAGGAGACGGCAAAGUCUGUGUCGCCAUUAACCCAUGUGAGGAGGAGACUCGGGGCAGCUGCCACGUGGAGGCGCACUGCAACUAUAUCGGGCCGGGACAGAGUUCCUGUACCUGCAAGCCAGGCUUCGCAGGGGAUGGUUAUGAGUGUAGCCUCAUCAACCCAUGUCUGACUCGCAACGGUGGGUGCCAUGUGCUGGCCACGUGCCGGCCCCAAGGGGAUGGAGGACGGCCGCUCUGUUUGUGCCCAGAUGGCUACGGUGGAGAUGGCUUCACCUGCUAUGGGACUAUUAUGGAGGAGCUAAGGAAGAAUGACCACUUUGCUGAGUUCUAUCAAUGGAUUAAGAGAGCUGGCUUCGCCCUCCCUACCAGGGGCAACUUUACAGCCUUGGUGCCAUCAGAAUCUGCUAUCCAGAGCCUGAGCCCUGAAGACAAGGCCUUUUGGCUGCAGCAACAACAGUUGCUUCACCUGCUUAGGGCCCACUUCCUCCCAGGUGCUCUUACCACUAGGCAGCUGUCGGGCCUCUUUGGACAGGAGGUGACCACCCUGAAUCCACCCACACAUUGGGAGAUCACCAACAGCAGUGGGAAAAUCACCAUUCAGAAUGUGAGUGUGGCUGUAGCCGACAUCCUUGCCACCAAUGGGGUCCUGCACAUCCUUAAUAAGGUACUGCUGCCAUCUCGGAUGGAUGCUCCCCCUCCCAGGCUCAGCCUGAGACAGCAGCUGGAUGGCAUCCCCUCCUUCAGCGUCUUUAAGGAAUUGUUAGUGCAAUACCAGCUACUGGCCCAGAUCGAGGCUGCUGCCGCCUAUACCCUCUUUGUGCCCACAAAUGGCUCAGUGGAGGAUUACUAUCUGAAAGCUAAUCUGAGUACCCUGGACCUAGAAACUGUGAUGCGCCAUGUGCUCCUUGGUGAGGCUCUCACCCCGGAUGCCAUGCGGCCUGGGAUGCACCGAAAUUCCCUCCUGGGCUCCUCCUACGAGCUAAUCUUCUACAUCAGGCCGGGAGACCUAGUGAGUGCAGUACACCUGCGAGAGAGACCCCGCCUACGACCCCGUCCAGUGGAGGCCGGCCACACGGACGCCCCACCUCCAACGGAAGCCACCCAUAGGACCACCUACCCUUCCUCCGCUCCGCGGGGGGGCAGAGAAGCCCAGUCGCCUCCACAGAGACCCGCAGAUUCCGUGGACUUAGCGGUGGGCCCCCUGCUUCAAUUAGCCUCUCCUCCUCCCACCUGUCCUUGGACUCAGACAAGACAUCUCCCUCAAACGGAGUCGGGGGUGGAGAGGGGUAAAUGCGACGCCAGGCUGCAGCCUUUCUCCCUCUUUUCCUCUCUCCCACAGCCCCUGGUGAACCGAGUCCCUGUGGUGGGUCCCACGCUGAAGCCCCAGGGGGGUGUCGUGCUGGGUUUGGGCGGGGUCCUGGCCGAGAGGCCCAACAUUUGUCCUCGCUCGCAUGAGGCAGCAGUCAGGAAGAAAUGCGGCAGCUGUGAGCGGAGAUACCGCUGUCCUUCUGGCCAUAAGAUCCAGAAAGGCCCCCGAGAGAGCUGUAUCUAUUUGGCUAAUGAAAUCCGGGUCACAGGCUGCUACUACACGUGCAUCAAGAAAAUAGAGAUCCCUGACUGCUGCCCUGGCUACUUUGGAACCCUUUGUGAGCCCUGCCCUGGGGGUCCAGGUGGUAACUGCUCAGGCCAUGGGCAGUGUCAGGAUGGCCUUCUGGGUAAUGGAGAGUGUCGCUGCCACGAAGGCUUCCAUGGCACUGCCUGUGAGGGAUGUGAGUUAGGGCGCUAUGGGCUUGACUGUGCUGGAGUUUGUAACUGUGGCCAUGGAAUGUGCCAGGAUGGGCUGCUUGGGAAUGGGAGCUGUCGCUGCAAUGUGGGCUGGAAAGGCCCCCACUGUGACCAAGACAGCACUGCUUCAUCGUGUCCAGAAAAAUGUGACCCCUUUGCCAACUGCAUCAAUGCCUCCUGUGUCUGUUCUGCUGGAUACUCCGGCAAUGGCACCAGCUGCUCAGGUCCUCAGGAUACCCCCAAACAGCAUUCCCCCAAACCCUCGAGACUCUUCAGCCCAAUGUGCAGGGAGGGCUAUGCUGGGGAUGGGGAGCUGUGUCUGGAAUUCAACAGAUGCCCAAUUAAAAAUGGUGGCUGCCAUGCCAAAGCUGAGUGUGUCCCUACAGGGCCCAGCCAGGUGGCCUGUAACUGUGGACCUGGUUACACCGGGGAUGGAAUCCAGAGCUGUGUCCCCAUCAACCUCUGCACAAAGGACAAUGGAGGCUGCAGUCCCUAUGCUUCAUGCAACAACACAGGGCCUGGACAGAGGACCUGCACUUGUGGUGUCACAACUAUCGGUGAUGGCUUCACCUGCCGGACCAGGAUAAGCCUGGAGCUCCUUCGGGACAAGGACGCAGCCUUUUUCAGCCACUACUUUAUGGAAUAUCAGGAAUUGAAGGGAGAUGGGCCCUUCACAGUCUUUGUCCCUAAAGAAGAUUUGAUGAAGAACUUUACCCGGAGAGAGCUCGCUACAUUCAGUAUUCAUCGGCAGCUUCUGUUCCGAUACCACACAGUGGGAUGUAGGCGCCUGCUGACCCAGGAUCUGCUGGAGGCAGGAUAUGUGACCACCCUGUCUGGCCACAAACUCCAUUUCAGCCAGCAUGAGGGGCGCAUCUAUAUCAAUGAGUAUGCCCAAGUGGUGGCUGAAGACCAGCUCGGGGUGAACGGUGUUCUCCAUUUCAUCGACAAACUGCUGCUGCCCCCAGAGGUUGUGCACUGGACCAAUACCUCAUCACUGCCUCCCAAGCAAAAUAUCACAGAAGCAGCUGAGAGAUGGGGCUACACAAUCUUUAGCAAACUUCUGACGACAGCCAAGAUGCUCCCAAUGUUGCAUGAUAAGACCCACCAGCCCUUCACUGUUCUGUGGCCCACGGAUGAAGCCUUGAGAGCCCUCUCCCCUGAGCGUCAGGCCUGGCUCUACCAUGAGGACCAUCGGGAGAAGUUGGCGGCCAUCUUGAGGGGCCAUGUGAUUCGCAAUGUCAAGGCUCUGGCCUCUGACAUACCCAACCUAGGCGAGCUCCGAACAAUGCAUGGCUCUCCCAUCUCCUUCUCCUGUAGCAAGGCCCUGCCGGGUGACCUCUUGGUUGGCGAGGGGGAAGCUCGGAUUGUGCAGCGCCACAUGGAGUUCCUGGGGGGCAUUGCCUAUGGCAUCGACCAACUCCUGGAGCCGGCAGGGCUGGGUUCCCGCUGUGACCACUAUGUCAAGGAGCAGUUGUCGACGUUCAGACAGUACUGUGGCUCAUGCGUCGUGCUGCCUUCUUGCCCUGUAGGAUACAAGGAUGAGGGUGAGGUCGACUUCUGCUUGAGGGAGAGCCCUGUGAGGAGACCUUUCUUUCUGAGAUACACCCCCUACGAUCCGUUUUUAUUCUCCCGAAAGUCGCAGAAACCCGGCUGCCGCCGACGUUGCUUUACAGUCACUUGGAAACCAGCUUGUUGCCGGGGACACUAUGGCGUCAACUGCCAAGUGUGCCCAGGGGGGCCAGAAAACCCAUGUAAUGGCAAUGGUGUGUGCAGCGACGGAAUGACAGGGACAGGGGCCUGUAGGUGCAACAAGGGCUUCAGUGGGACGGCCUGUGAGGUCUGUGCUGCAGGGGCAUUUGGCCCUCGCUGUCAAGCUUGUCAAUGCACAGCCCAUGGCCAGUGUGAUGACGGCAUCUCAGGUUCUGGUUUUUGCUUCUGCAAUGAGGGUUGGACUGGACAGCGCUGUGAGGUAAAGCUGGAUGUUCAGCCCGUGUGCUCCCCACCCUGUGAUCUCCAUGCUGUAUGCCGAAAGGACAACGUCUGUGAAUGCAACCUGAACUAUGAGGGGGAUGGCCAUAAAUGCACAGUAAUUGACCACUGCCAGAAUGGACACGGAGGCUGUAACCAGCAUGCCACCUGCAGCCAACAGGGUGUAGUUGUGACCUGUACUUGCCACCCUGACUAUGAAGGCGAUGGAGUGUUCUGUCGGGCCCGGGACCGCUGUGCAGAUGGCCAGAAUGGAGGCUGUAGCGAGCAUGCUGAAUGCAUUAGCACCGGCCCGAACACCCGCCGCUGUGAGUGCCGAGCUGGCUACGUGGGGAAUGGACUGCAGUGCCUGGUGGAAGCCGUGCCCCCCGAGGAUCGAUGCCUGGAGACUCCUGGGCCCUGCCACCCAGAGGCUAUCUGCACUGACCUGCACUUUCAAGAGAAACGGGCUGGAGUGUUCCACCUACAGUCUCAGGAGGGAAAGUACAAACUGACCUUCAGAGAGGCAGAGGAGCAGUGCAAGGCCCAGGGUGCUGUCUUAGCUUCCUUGGACCAGCUUUCAGCAGCUCAGCAGCUUGGUUUCCACCUGUGCUUGAUGGGCUGGUUAUCAAAUGGCACAGCUGCGUACCCCAGUGUCUACCCUAGCACCAGCUGUGACAGCAAUCACGUGGGCAUCGUCAUCUACAAAGCCCAGAGCAAUUUCACGGAGCACUGGGAUGCCUACUGCUACCGUGUGCAUGACGUGUCGUGCCAAUGCCGGGAUGGCUUUGUGGGUGACGGGGACACAGUCUGUAACGGAAAGCUGCUGGACGUCCUAGCUGCCAAUGCCAACUUCUCCACCUUCUAUGGGUUACUGCUAGAUUAUGCCAACACCACACAGCAUGGUCUAGAGUUCCUUGGCUUCCUAUCUGAUGAGCUGACCUUCAAGACACUCUUUGUCCCCGUCAACUCUGGGUUUGAGGACAAUGUGACCCUGAGCUGGGAGGACUUGGAGCUCCAUGCUUCUAACGUCACCUUUCUGAGCCUGAACCUCAGCCAGAGCACCAUCCUUCCUGCCCACUCAGGCCACCAACUUUUCAUCAGCAACUCCUCUGCUGGGAACAGUACCGUGUUCCAGGAGGGUCCUGAUGUGGUGAGAGUCAGUGCUAUUGUGGAGUGGGACAUCAUUGCCUUCAAUGGCAUUAUUCAUGCCAUCGAGAGCCCCCUCACUGUGCCGCCGGAGCCGGCGGCUGCGUUGGCAAGGACCUCCACUUCUGUAGCAGUUGGCAUGUCUACUGCAUUGGGGGUAGGGCUGGUUUUGGGAUUGGUGGCCCUGUAUUUCCACUACAAAAUCAAGGGCCCAGGAUUCCAGUUCCACUAUUUCAAGGCUGAAGAUGAUGAAGAUGACUUCUCACCCUGGCAAGAAGGACCUAGUCCACCCCUGAUCUCUGUACCCAACCCCACUUUUGAUGGCCAUGACACCUUCUAUGAGCCCUUUGAUGACUCAUUACUUGAGAAGGAGUUCACGGACACCCACAGAAUCCUUGAAGAGGAGUAAUCAGGGCCUGGGAGGAGUGUUGGGGCCCUAGAUCAGGCUCUUCACCAUACCCAGCUCUGCCCACCCACCACUACUCUAUCCCCAAUAGAUGUUUACAUGGGCCUCAGUGAGCCCAACAGAAGGGGGGUGCAUCACCCUUAUUUGCACAGCCUCUUCCUGCAGAGGCCAGGGCCAGGAGCAAGCCUGCAGGAGACAUAUAGCCUACUGGGACUACAGUUGGCCCAGGCACCCAGAUUUUGCUCCCUAUAUCUCUGUCUCUCACACUCCACCACCUCCUUAGAUGUUAAGGUCCAGCUCUGACUCAAACUUUCCUCAGGGGAUUUUUUUUUUUUGCUGGAAACUGCCCUGGCUGAGGAGGCCUGGGGUGGGAGGAUGAGGGGCUCCCGACUCUCAGGUCCAUCCUUGGCUAGAGGUCCUGGAUCUAGGUCAGCCAGGAAGAGUAAGCACUAAGCAGCUGUCCUGGAGCUCCCAACCAGCAACAUGUGCUUCUGUGAGGACUCCUGGCUACACAGAAAGGAUGCUCCCCCUGCUGGAUGCCCCCCAUCCCCUCUGUCCCACCCCCAGGCCUUGAGCAGCUCCUGCAACACCUCUAGUAGAUGGACGGAAGCAGUGGCCUCCAAAGGCUGGUGCCAGCUCAUUUCCCCCUGGACCUUUAGGCAUGAGUGGUGGUUCUUUCCUCUCUUGUAUUUGGGAACCAGCCAGAGUGCAACUCUGGUCCCAUCCUGCAAAAGGAUCGGUGUGCUAUACCCCCUCCCCGUCCCCACUCUCCCUUCGGACAGAGAGGGGCAUUGACCUGGGUCUGAGGGACCCCAACCUCUCUCUGCCCCACAGUGGAGGGGCCAAUUGCACGAUUCAGCUCACAGCGGCUGUUGUACCUCAGAUUGGGGGGGGUGCCUUUGAAAACUCACGUCACUCAAAAAAUAAAGUUCUUGUGGUAUA